AAGAAGAAAAAGUAAACAGGUAACUACCAGCGAUGUCGGUGCCGGUGGCUUACCAAGGCAACACCUCCGCCGCCGUCGCCGACUGGCUAAACAAAGGCGACAACGCAUGGCAGAUGACCGCGGCCACCCUCGUCGGCCUCCAAAGUGUUCCGGGCCUGGUGAUCCUCUACGGUGGCAUAGUCAAGAAGAAAUGGGCCGUGAACUCAGCCUUCAUGGCCCUCUACGCCUUCGCCGCCGUCUGGCUCUGCUGGGUCACUUGGGCCUACAACAUGUCUUUCGGCGACAAGCUCCUUCCUUUUUGGGGCAAAGCCAAGCCGGCGCUCGGCCACAAAUUUCUUCUCAAACAAGCGGAAAUUCCUGCGUCGACUCACUAUUACAGAUCAGGGGACGUGGAGACAGCUAUGGCGACGCCUUAUUAUCCCAUGGCGACGAUGGUUUAUUUUCAGUGCGUAUUUGCGGCGAUUACUCUGAUACUUAUUGCGGGAUCUCUGCUGGGAAGGAUGAAUAUAAGGGCUUGGAUGGCCUUUGUGCCGCUUUGGCUUACUUUCUCUUAUACGAUCUCUGCAUUUAGUAUAUGGGGAGGCGGGUUUCUGUUCCAGUGGGGCGUCAUGGAUUACUCUGGCGGAUAUGUUAUUCAUCUUUCUUCUGGUGUUGCUGGAUUCACCGCCGCUUAUUGGGUAUUCCUUCGCCGUACACGUUGAGGUUCCAAUUUUUUUUUAUAAUGAUUAUAAAUUAAUAAAUAGGAAAAAAUUUAUUUGAGUGUA